GACGUCGGAUCAAUAGCGACGCCCGUCCUUGCACCUGCAACGCAUGCGUUGCAUCCCUCAGGAUCAAUAGGAUCUUAUCCUAGUUCAUCCCCGUCACAACAGGGUGUCGACUGGAAUAUCUGCAGUUUUUGUGUUUUCCUUAAUUGCACAGUGAAGGAUGAGUUGCAUAGGAGAGUGUUUAGAUCUGGGACCUCCACCAGAUUUGAUACUUUUUUUACCUCCACCUCCCGCCCCAUCCAUUCUUCAGCAUUCAUUGCCAGAUCUCCUACUCAAUACAACCCCAUGCUCAGCAGGACAACUGUGCGAUGCUUGGGUGCCAUUAAACAAGUUUCCAGAUAGCGAUUUCGUUGAGCUAUCGCGAAAAGAGGUGGAGACUUGGUCUUCUAUAGAUGACACAUGGCUCUUGGUUUUGAUCGCAUCUUCAAUAGGUAUUCUGCUUAUUGGAGCUCUUUUGGCCAUUUUCCUCCUCAAAUUCAGAGAGAUGAGCUUGUUCGGUAGUAACGAUUGUUCUCUACACACCAGGGAACCUCGACCGAUGAAGAUAUUGGAACAACGCGAUUGCCCUUCCUCUAAUGGUAAGAUAAAUCCAAACAAUCCGAGCUGGCACAAUGGAAACGUUGGUCUUCACGAUAAUCGGAUAGUCUGGGCCGCCUUGACACCUGGUGGAGGAACUCAACAUUUCAUCUCAGAAAAUUAUCCGAAAGAAUUCGUUGACUACAGGGAGGCUGACGAUCACUACGAGACCAUCGAUAAUCUGACAAUGAAACCGGCGAUACCAGCACCGGUUUAUCAGUCCUACCAGAAAGGUUCGCCAUAUCAGACCCCUAACGAAAGAUCACAUUUUGAUAAUUCUGGCUUCGUAGAUUACGAAUACGAAGAACCGAUGCCGCUGAUCAAAAGCUACCAGUAUAGCUCCUACGACGACUACCAAUACACACUUCCUGGCGGUAAUACCGACAUGAGAUGCAUCAGCAUGGCCUACGGCACCAACAGCAUGCGAAGACACUUGCCUCCACCGAUCACUAGACCCAGGGUGUCUUCUCCUACUCGCAUCGAGCAUCCUAAUCUACCACCAUUGAACAUGUACCCACUAAAAAGCAGCACUUUGAAACGCAACAACAAUUUGAGUUAUAGGAACGUUGAUACGGGAACUCUGCCGAAGUACACUUGUUAGUUCUAUAGGUAGAAAAAUCAAAAGCUUUCCGAAUUUUUUACGGCCCUUUGCACCACCUCCGGCUCAUCCGUAUAGGUAAUCAAAAAGGUCCAAGCACUUGAACAUAAUUAUCUCACGUCUGGAUCUGAGAUUGAAGUAGUUUUUGAAAUUCGUCCUUUUGGUAUUAUGUACUAUACUAAAAAUAUUACCCAAAUAAAAUAUCACAAAGAAGAAAAAACGUGAAAAUCCACUACUUGGGUAAUUAAUUUGGAAUACAAGAUUUAUACGUGCCCCAUGAGCACCAUGUUAUUCGACCCAAGAAGAUAUAUCAUAAAAAUGAGAAUGUAUAUCUUCGACCAUUUCAUUCGACUCUCACCAAUGUUUAAAUAUUAUAUGGUCGUAUCAUGUGACAAGUAAAGUCGGGAGUUAAGAUCAUAAAAUACUAAAGAAUUAUUCACAUUUUUUAGGAUAAGCAUGAAAUUAUUGGACUUUUGAGAAAGGAAGAAUAUGCGUUUCGUUGUGACCAGAAAAAUAUUUGAUCAUUAUGAAGAUUUUUAUGGGUGGUGGGUUUUUGAAUAUGUACUUUCUUUAUUUAAUGUGUUGUUGUUUCUAUAACGAAAGAAUGCGGAAAUGCCGCUAUACUUAUACCAUAUUUGGAUUUAAAAAAAAUUGAAGGUAUAGCUCAGAUUAUUCUUCAGGAUUUGAAUGGAUGUUGAUAAUUUAUUCACUAAGGCUUAGAACUUCUCCCAUCAACUUCGUAUGUUAACCAUAUGAAAUCUCAUCCCUCAUUUCUCACUUCACAGAUUGUGUUAUCCUGUUCAAACUAAAUGGUUGAUGUAUUCCACAUGAAAGCUCACAA